CGAUUCUACAUUCUAUGUAAAACAUAUUGUACUUACCUGAUAGUCUGUAAUAGGCUGUGGGGAUGGCUAAGUGUGUAUUGUAGCAUUAUGUAGAUAUGAUCGCAAAAACAAUUUAGAGAUAAUAGUGUCUUUUGUGUUUGCAUAACGAUAUCGCAGAAAAAUGACUCACAUAGUGUUACCCAAUUUUUAGGAAUUAAUGAAACUGAAAAAGCGGAAGAGUCUGUGCGCGCAGUGCGUGAAUAUGCCCGCCAAGGUCUCAAAGAAGGUCGUGGGCAUGAUCGUACGAAGCCGAAAAUUCAUUAUUAAGGAUGGUGUCAUUACGUAUUAUAUGGAUCUGAACAACUGAUAAAUGAAAAAUUGAUAGAAUUGUAAAUAUGGAAAGAAAUAUAUAUAGUAGCACUUCUUAGGGGUCAUGCCCCCUGGGGCAACAGGCGGAGCAGAGGGCCUGAGCCCUUCCUGUUCUGAAAUUCACAACAGCCAAGAACAUGCUAUUGCUAAACUCACACCUCCUCUUACAUUUGCUCAGCAAUGCUACAGGCAUCUUAAGAGUUCCGGUAUUGGGGAGGCAAGUGUGUACCAUGCUCUGGUUGUAAUAUUUUUGGAAUUUUUUGCAUGGGGUUUAUUAACCAUGCCUGUUAUCUCUCUUUUAAAUAUUACAUUUCCAAAUCAUACGUUCCUGAUGAAUGGUUUGAUAAUGGGUAUUAAAGGAAUCUUGUCAUUUCUUUCUGCACCAUUGAUUGGUGCUUUGUCUGACGUGUGGGGUCGAAAAUUCUUUCUCCUUAUCACUGUAGCCUUCACAUGUGCGCCAAUUCCUUUAAUGAGCAUUAACACAUGGUGGUUCUUUGCGAUGAUCUCCAUCAGUGGUGUCUUUGCUUGCACAUUUUCAGUGGUGUUUGCAUAUGUUGCUGAUGUUACUGAAGAACAUCAAAGAUCUGCAGCAUAUGGCAUGGUUUCAGCAACUUUUGCUGCAAGUAUGGUAAUAAGUCCAGCAUUAGGAAAUUACAUCAUGAAAUUGUAUGGAGAAAAUCUUGUAGUUGCAUUAGCAUCUGCUAUUGCAGUGUUGGAUGUGUUUUUUAUAUUAGUGGCUGUACCUGAAAGUUUGCCUGAAAAAGCUCGUCCACCAGCACCUAUAUCUUGGGAGCAGGCAGAUCCCUUUGCUUAUCUUGGGAAGGUUGGCAAAGAUCAUACUAUCUUAAUGUUGGGUAUUACUGUGUUCCUGAGCUAUCUUCCUGAAGCAGGACAGUAUAGUUGUAUAUUUGUCUAUUUGACUAAAGUUAUGGGAUUUACUGCUUUGAUGGUAGCAAUUUUUAUUGCCAUAGUUGGAAUUUUAAGUGUCGGAGCUCAAAGUUUCUUAGGUCCUUUGAUAAGGUUGCAUGGCAGUAAACAUACUAUAAUGUUAGGUCUCUUAUUUGAAAUGUUACAACUUAUGUGGUUUGGCUUCGGUUCACACACAUGGAUGGUGUGGGUGGCUGGAGUUCUUGCUUCUGUGUCAAGUAUUACAUAUCCUGCAAUCUCUGCAUUCAUAUCCAUGCAUUCUGAUGCCGACAAGCAAGGUUUGGUGCAAGGCAUGGUAACUGGAAUGCGUGGAUUAUGUAAUGGUCUUGGACCAGCAAUGUUUGGAGUAAUCUUUUAUCUUUUUCGUGUUGAUCUCAACGAUAAUUCUCCCCUUCCUACAAAGCCAUCAUCUUUAGAUGAAAAUAAUAAAACAGGAACUGCCACGCAACAUCUCGACAUAAUGCCACAAAUAGUUACCCAGCUUGUACCAGGACCACCAUUUGUGUUUGGUGCGUUACUUGUGAUAUGUGCAUUACUAGUAGCUGCAUUUAUACCAGAAUCAAACACAAUGCCAACAGGUCCAUUACAUCAUCCAUCCACCUCCCGGAGGCCCUCCGGUAAAUACGCAUAUCAGAAAUGUUUAUCCUUGGAUGUACAUUAUGAAGGAGACAAAUUGGGAAGUGGAAAAGGAAAAAUAGGACCGUUGUCACCUCUAGUCGAUAAUUGCAACUCUGCUGCUCUAUAGCUAUUAUGAAAAUUAAGACAAGCCACAGUAAAUAAGAGGGUUAUGUAUCCUUGCCGAAUGAUGGGACUAUAGUUAAAGAAACGGUUACUAUCAAGUGCACAUUUACAAGGACUUCAAGAGAACUGUCUAUACUGUAGUAUAUUAUGUCUUUAAGUCAAUAUUUGAAGUUGAUCUAGGAUUAUCAGUUUAAUUAAUAAUUAGAUUACGAGACGUUUUUAUAAACAGUGCUUGUUUUAUGAUCCUUAGGUUGAACUGCAUAUUCAAUUUAAUUUCUUUAGGUGUUUUGUUACAUAAAAAAUUAAAUUUUUUAGAAAGGAAAGAAAAAAAUCAUGAUAUUAUAUUGUAUUAAAUCAAGCACUGGAUAUUUGAAAUCGAUUAUCAGUGACUCCUGGUUUGUGUAGCUUGCCAGUAAUAUAAAAGAGUGAAACGAAUGAAAGUUAUAACCAGUAUUUUUACUAGACUUAUAAAAACUAAUGAAUAUUUUAUGUUGAAUUCUAUAUUUUUAUCAUGUACGUCACCAAUUGCUUAUUAGAAUCGCGCAAAAUCAACAAUUUUUAAUUUAGGCAAAAGCACUUGUUAUUUUGACCACUCGUAUUUUAGACCUUUAAUUAGGAUAUUUUCUAUGAUACUUUUGUGAAUUGCCUCAUAUAAACAAAAUUUUAUUUAUUUGUCAAUAUAUUUUGUUUCAUUUUUCAUGCAUUCCUUUGUUUUACGUAUUCCUUUAAAUUAAAAGAAAAAAGAAGAGUGUAAUAGUUACAGAAGAAUGAACAGACGUUGUAAAUGAAUUUUACCUAGCUAAAAUAGAAAAUAAGUUUCCAUUGAUAUAUAAUACUUAGUAACAAUUAGCUGAUGUUUGUAAAGUACGUUAACUAUUUUUUUUUUGCAUAAAAUAUUUAUUUUAAUAAUUAGAUGUCAACAGAAUGAAUGCAAUGGCCUUAAUCAGAAAGACAAUUUAUAUGAAAUUAUACUUUGCCAUUCGAAGGCAGUGGUAGAUUCUGAUCGAGAAUGUUAUAAAUAUUAUUAAUUGAUUGCUUGUAGCGUCCCUCACAAAUGUUAAAAUGUGCAUGUUAUAAAUUGGAGUCAUUGAUGUUAAGAAAAUACAACAAUAGCGUAGCGUGUUCGUGCAUUUCACUUGUAUUUUGAAAGAAUUAGUGUCUGCAGAGCUGUAUGUGCAUUACCAUAGCCUAAUAACUAUUUGAAUUUGAAAUCUGCUAAAUUAUUUGAAAUUAGUUUUAUUAGAAUCAUUGCACACUGCUAAAAUUAUUUUACACAGUUUUAUUACUUAUCAUUUUCUGAACGUACAUGAAAUUACUGUCGUCGUUUGUUACGAAAUAAUUAAGAAACAAAAGAGGAUGCUCAAAUCCAAUUAAAAAGCAAAGAAUGAAGUAGCAGAAAUUCCAUGCAAAAGUUGUAAUAUUAGGAAAUAAUAGCAACCCAUGAUACAUGGUGUAAUGCGUGAGCAAGAAAUAAAAUUUUGUAUGAUCUCA